AUGGGUCAUGGAAUAAACAGCAGUGUACUAUGUACUAUAGUGGCCACGGAAAAAGAUCUUGGUGACGUACUGGUCACACGUGCAAUGAGAGGCGCUCAGGAAUGGACAGACCAUCGACUCAUGAGGUCCAAAUUAAAGAUAACUUUGAAAGCACCACGCCGAGCUUCACACAAAAUACCAACAAAAUUGUCCUGCAAAAUCUUGGCCAAUGAUCAGACUAUGAGAGCAAAACUGGAUGAAAAAUUUGGUGUCGAUGGCCUUUUGAUAUCUGAAUCUGCCCCUGUGGAUGAACAGUGGAGUGCAUAUGCUAGCAGACUGCGUGGCUGUGCUUCAGAAGUCUUGGAAAAGCCUCAGAAGAAGCACCAGGACUGGUUUGACGACUCAGAUCCAGAGAUCAGAAAGCUAAUUAAUGAUUUCAGAACCUCUCUUCGCACCCCUGAUGAUAACAAGCGUAGAGCAGCGCAUUACAAUCUGAAAGUGAAGGUACGUGCUCUCAAAGACAGUUGGUGGGCAAAUAAAGCAAAUGAAAUACAGUUAUAUGCCGACACACACCAAAUGGGCAGAUUCUUUGAGUCCCUGAAAACUAUCUUUGGUCCAAGAGUUGGGAAGAUAGCACCAGUCUACAACAAAGAUAAAAGUUGUCGGCUGACGCAACAGAGUGACAUCCUGUCUCGGUGGGCGGAACAUUUUAAUAACGUUCUUAAUCCCGACCAUCAGACAACCGAUAUUCGAUACAUAGAAGCUCUUGAUGACCUGCCAGUUGAGGAACAACUUGCGGAUGCCACUUCCUACGAUGAAUUCAUUUCAGCACUGGCUAAGCUGAAAAAUGACAAAACAGCAGGAUUAGAUAACUUGCCAUCAGAGCUAUAUAAAUAUGGGCGGCCAAACAUCAAGAAACCGUUGUUUACUCUGAUCUUUAGGAUUUGGGAGUAUGAAAUGAAAGACUGGAAAGAUGCUUGUAUUUCCAAGAUCUAUAAAGGCAAGGGUGACAUAUCAGACUGCAGCUCCCACAGGGGCAUUUCUCUUCUCUCAGCAGCGGGAAAAGUCCUUGCUCACAUAAUUAACACCCGUCUCGACACAAGGACAGACAAAAGUGUCUUCAACAUCUCUCGCCUCAGAACAAAAAGUCGCGUAACCAAACUAUCCAUCUUAGAGAUUCUCUACACGGAUGAUGUAUGCAUGAUGGCUAAUUCUUGCGAAACGCUUCAGACUUACAUAAAUCUGCUAAAUGCCUCCUGCAGAAGAUUUGGCUUAGCCAUUAGCAUCACUAAGACGCAAGUUCUCAAACAGCCACUUAGAAGUCUUAAUGCAGAUGACUCCAGUAUUGAGAUAAAUAACAAACCCCUGCAAAAUGUGUCAAACUUCAAAUACCUGGGAAGCCAAAUUAGAAGUGACAACAGCCUAACAACGGAAAUCGCAGCGCGUAUAGCCAGCGCAGCCUCAGCCUUCGGUAGGCUUAAUGACCGAGUAUGGAAAUCACAUGAUCUCAAACUACAAACAAAAAUUGCAGUCUACAAAGCACUCUCGUGCGGGAAGAGGAGGAAAGGUGGUCAACACCUGCGAUAUAAAGACACCAUUAAACGCCACCUUGCAGCCUGUGGCAUUCCAAGCAACCGUUGGGAGGAGCUAGCAUUGCGCCGAUCGGAGUGGCGAUCAACUGUACAUAAGAGCAUCGAACAAUUCGAGCAAAAGCGUCUAAUGAACCUGGAUGCUAAAAGAGAGCUCCGAAAAUCUCAGCUCAAGCCUGUCUACACGUAUACUUACAACUCUGCUGGUCAACUUCACUGUGCUUCAUGCAACAGGAUAUUCAAAGCGAAAUUCGGAUUCGCGAGCCACAUCCGAGCCUACCACAACAAGGACAGAGAAGACUGA